GAUCACUGGGCCGAUACCUGCCCGGUGAGGGUGCGUCUGCCGCCCUCCGACAGGGAACCGAGCAGGAAAUAGAAAGCGCGAUACCAGUGACGGUGUCGCUUGCAGUGGGAGAGAUGGUUAUGUUCCGCAAUGACUCAGGGACUUUGCUCGUCAGGGAACCGGUGCUACCCAUAGUUACCAUAGUUCCUAUGAGUGCCCUCCCACUUCUCGGCCGUGAGAUAUCCUGGUCUGAUCGCGGCUGCUACGUCCGCCACCCCUCGCAAGGCCUCCUUCCUGUGCUGAUUGCCGAAUAUGAGCGGUUCUUGCUCCGCCACCAAGCUACCCGGAACACUUCUGAAAGGAUGUGGCAGCAUGCCUUUGGUCAGGCUGAAGUCAGCCUAUCUUCGUUGAAGGAGUGGCUGGGCAAGCACUUGCGCAGUGACUCCUGCGGUGAGCUUGAGCUGCAAACGGUUGCAACGGUUCUGUUCCCAGACCUCCCCGAGGCUCUCGCUUCACAGGUGGCAGCGUGCCCUAGCUUUGACCCCUCCUUUGUUCCUUUUAACCGUCGAACCAGGAGGCAGCUCUUUGAUCCUCAGGUUCCCACUUUGGUACAUCUGUUCGCAGGCCAGCAUCGUUGGAGAAAUUCAAUGGGACAGGUUCUUGAGGUGGAUACACCUAAGGGUGCGGACCUUCUGUCUGAUGAUGUUUUCGGGAUGUUGCUUCGUGCAGCCACUUUGGGUGUCAUAGAUGGGGUUGUGAUAGCCCCUCACUGCAGGACCUUUGAUCCAGAUGCCUCGGCCCCAACCUCUAAUGGCUUAAGCUUCCGGGGGGAUGAAGGCGAGGAAAGGUCUCUGCUGUUGGCCUUUGUGGUCUCCUGUGCAAAGGAGAAAGUCUUCACUUGUUUGGAGAUGCCCGAGAGCUCCACCGCUUGGGGGUGGCCUGGGUGCGAGAAUGUUUCGGUGUGCCUAGGUGGUUGGACUGCAAGCUUCGAUCAGGGCACCUUGGGUCACCCGUGCUCCAAGGCCAGUGCUGUGUACACCAGCAGCUUCCAGCUGUAUGAGUCACUCCAUGAGAUGAAGCAUCCUCCGGAAGCGGUCACCAAUUUGACCUCUGAUUUUAGUGGUAAAGGAUGGGCACCGGGUUGCUGA